UGGACGGGCGACUCUGGGUGACCCAGAGCGCGAGAAUUAAGGGGGUGGGAAGGUGUGAGCCGCAAACCCAGAGGGCGGGGAGGAGGAAGAGGCGUUGGAGGUGGUCAGGGGGACUGGGGGUCCCGCUGGCAGAGGUCCCUCGGCCGCCUGACUGACUCGGGCGGCCUCCAGUCUGCGCGCGGAGCGGAGCGGCGAGCAGCGCCAUGGCCUCCGGUGGUUAUAGCCCAUACAUAGAGAUUUUUGAACAACCCAGACAGAGGGGAAUGCGUUUUAGAUACAAAUGUGAAGGACGAUCAGCCGGCAGCAUUCCAGGGGAGCGCAGCACUGACAACAACCGAACUUACCCGUCUAUACAGAUUAGGAACUAUUAUGGAAAAGGAAAAGUGAGAAUUACUUUAGUAACAAAGAAUGACCCAUAUAAACCACAUCCUCAUGACUUAGUAGGGAAGGACUGCAGAGAUGGCUACUAUGAAGCUGAAUUUGGACAAGAACGCAGACCUUUGUUUUUUCAAAAUUUAGGAAUUCGAUGUGUAAAGAAAAAAGAAGUAAAAGAAGCUGUUAUUUCAAGAAUAAGGGCAGGAAUCAAUCCUUUCAAUGUCCCUGAACCACAGCUACUUGAUAUUGAAGAUUGUGACCUCAAUGUGGUGAGAUUGUGUUUUCAAGUUUUCCUCCCUGAUGAACAUGGUAAUUUGACAACUGCGCUACCUCCUGUUGUCUCUAACCCAAUCUAUGACAACCGUGCACCUAAUACUGCAGAAUUAAGGAUUUGCCGUGUAAACAAGAAUUGUGGAAGUGUCAGUGGAGGAGAUGAAAUAUUUCUACUCUGUGACAAAGUUCAGAAAGAUGACAUAGAAGUUCGGUUUGUGUUGAAUGAUUGGGAAGCAAAAGGUAUCUUUUCACAAGCUGAUGUACAUCGUCAAGUGGCCAUUGUUUUCAAGACUCCACCAUAUUGCAAAGCUAUAGUGGAACCAGUAACAGUGAAAAUGCAGUUGCGGAGACCUUCUGACCAGGAAGUUAGUGAAUCUAUGGAUUUUAGAUAUCUGCCAGAUGAAAAAGAUACUUAUGGCAAUAAAGCAAAAAAACAAAAAACAACUCUACUUUUCCAGAAAUUGUGGCAGGAUUGUGCAGUUAAUUUUCCUGAAAGACCUAGAACUGGUCCCCCAGGAUCAAGUGGAGAAGGAAGAUAUAUCAAAAAAGAAUCAAGCUUAUUUACUCCUGGUCCAGUUUUGACAGAAAUGGCCAGACCUUCGGGAGUUUCAAGUCAAGCAGAAUCCUUCUAUUCCUCAUCUGCGUCCAUUUCAAGUGCACUGGCACAUCAUACUUCAGCCAUGCCCUCAAUGGUGCCUCAGCCCCCUUCAAGCUGGUCAUCAGUGGCCCAGUCCACCUCACACUCAGGCAGUACAAAUCCAAGUAGUUUUUCAACAGGGACGCAUCCCUCUAAUUCACAAGGUAUCUCACCAUUCUUGGAAAUGCCAGGUGUGAAUGAUUUGAAUGCUUCUAAUGCUUGCAUUUAUAAUAAUAUUAAUGAUAUAGGCAGAAUGGCAGCAUCAUCCAUAUCACCAACGGAUUUAUAUGGUAUUUCUGAUACCAGUAUGCUGCCUAACUGUCAUGUGAAUAUGAUAACACCUAGUAAUGACAGCAUGAGAGACACUGAUAAUCCAAGACUCAUGAGCAUGAAUCUUGAAAACCCCUCAUGUAAUUCAGUGUUAAACUCAAGAGACUUGAGACAGCUCCAUCAGAUGUCGUCUUCCAUUAUGUCAGCAGGCACCAAUUCUAGUUCUGCUUUCACUUCACAGUCAGAUGCAUUUGAGGGAUCUGACUUCAGUUGUGCGGAUAACAGCAUGAUGAGUGAGUCAGGACCAUCAAACAGUACUAAUACAAACAGUCACAGUUUUGUUCAAAGUGGUCAGUAUUCAGGUAUUGGUACUAUGCAGAAUGAGCAAUUGACUGACUCAUUUGAGUUUGGAUUUUUUCAAGACAACGUGUAA